CGACUGCAGCAGACGACAUCAUGGUUGCAGCCAUGGAGCCUGCAGCUAUUCCAGCUGAGGUGAAGCCCAUGACUCCCAGAGACACAGGAACCAGGACCACAGCACCUGCUGCUCAUGGACAUGAACACGGAGAAUGUGCUGAUUGAUUCAAUGGCUAAUCGAGUCAUUGCACAGUAAAGUGUGUUAAAGGGUUAGUGAAUCUCUUUUUGGACUCAUCCUGCUGUCUUAAUUCUGUUUUUAAUAAAUAGUUUUUACUGCUUUCACAUGAGGCUAUUGGAUUACAUGUUAUGCUAUAUUAAUAAAGUUUAUUAUGAUGAUGAUUCUUCUUCUUAUUAGCAGCAGUAGGAGAAGUAUUGUUACAGAGUCUUACCUGCUCCUGCUAUAAUGGCGGCAGUUGUCUCUGAAACACACCAUUAAAGUAAUAUUAACACUCCUGGCUCCUCUGGCUGAACCACAGACAUCUGCUCAGGUUACUGUCAUCAUUACAUUUUGGAUUUAAAGGAAAAUGUAGAAAUCCAAGUGUCGGUUUAAUAAGACUCACCAGCCAGCCCCAUGUGGUUGUUGUUGUGUUUCCUGGUCGUGGAUGUGUAUUGUAAAGCUGGGCUGAGAUACAGAGGAGGGACACAGUCAUGUAAGGCCACUGUUAAUGGCCCCAGUCUGUAAUUUGCCGCAGAGAAAAAUUAACAAAAAGUCAAGUGAACAGCAGCACAGACCUGGUAGUCGGUCCCAGUGAUGAUAUGUGUUGACAAUAAAAGCCUCGCCCUGUUUCCGGACACGAUCACGUGGUAGGUGUUGCGCACGCGCACAUGGAAGGUGUGGGAUCGGCCUGUGAUGCAGACAAGAUGCCCACUGCCACCAUCGCCCCUGUGUAGCAGCGGAGCGCCGCAGACUCCCCCUGUCGUCCCCCUGCCCAGCUGCAUGUUGGAGUCCCACACACGGAGCCCCAUGUCUGUGGCGAAUGCGAAACACACGGUCCUGAAUCCGGUGAUCCCAUACACAGGGCCCAUACCCGGAGGCCUGCACCCCGGGGAGAUCAUCAUCAUCCAGGGCACCGUGCCCCCAGAUGCUGACUGGUUUCAGAUCGACCUGUCGAGCGGCUGCAGCACCAAGCCGCGCUCUGACGUCGCCCUCCACUUCAGCCCGUGCUUCACAGGCCCCCCCAGGGUGGCAUGCAACUCCCUGCUGCAGGAGAGCUGGGGCGAGGAGGAGACCCUCCAUCAGCUGCCCUACAAACGCGGAGCACCCUUCGAGACCAUCAUCCUGGUGCAUGACGACGUCUUUAAGGUGGCAGUAAAUGGUACUCACCUGCUGAGCUACAAGCACAGAAUCCCACUGAACAGGGUCGACACAUUUUCUAUUUCGGGGAAAGUCAGGGUGUACGCUGUUGGCUACAUCCCAAACUCAGCGAUAUAUUCAGAAUCAGGUGACUUGAGCCUCCCUUACAAAGGCAGUAUUCUGAAAGGCCUGAGCCCAGGGCAGCACAUCACAAUCAAAGGACAGGUCAGCAUGUAUCCUCACAGUUUCACCGUGAACCUCUGCAACAGCAGGACGGAGAACAUCGCCUUCCAUCUGAACCCUCGCAUGAAGUCGGGUGUGUUCAUCAGGAACUCGUACCUGAGUGAGACGUGGGGUCAGGAGGAGCGGGAGCUGCCCUUCUUUCCCUUCUCACCGGGGGAGUACUUCGAGAUUCUCAUCCUCUGUCAGUCCCAUCAGUUCAAGCUGGCAGUGAACGGCUCGCACUUGUUCGAGUUCAGACAUCGAGUGCAGGACCUGAGCAGCAUCGACCAGCUGGAGAUCAUGGGAGACCUGGAGCUCACUGAUGUUAAACUGUGGUGACUCGGGACUCCACAGCAUCACAGAAACCAGCGUUACUGACACCGUCGGGUCCUGGUGAUCGACGGUUAAUAGGCUCAGCCACAAUGACGCAGACGGUGGAUACUAAAAACAUCAAUAAAAAGGACAGCGAUAUAUUAAACUAGUUCAACCAUUGACAAAAUGAUCCACCUAUCCAGCUCAGCGGACCGAUGCAUGAGCGAGGGCUGUGAGCCACCAUGACCGUUUACAGUGUUUACAGAGUUAGGGUUGCCUUGGUUCAUUUCUGUCUGUAGUUUCUCUCUGCUGUGAUACGCCAUCAGUGCACUGUAUAAUUAAAACAGCAAGCAUUUCAAUGUUAAUAUCAUUAAGUAGGAUGGAGUAUUAGGAGGAUAUCGAUUAUUUUUUUGAGAUUUUGAGAAUCAUGUUAUAUUAUGAAAAUAAAGUUGCGUUUUUAAUGAGAAAAAAGUCAUAAUAGUACAAGCAUAUAGAAAAAGGUUUUAGGAAAUCAGCAGCAAGGACGACCCGUGGUCUUAAGAGUUCAACUCCGUCUAGAUCUAAAAUCUUGAAAAAAAGAAAAUAGGAAACUUCAGAAGUUUAAGUAUUUUGUUAUUUGUUAAACAAACAUUAAAGUACAUUGACAAGAUGCUCCACAUUCCUCAUUUUUACACAGGCGACGGGUUGAUCUUCUGAUAUUCCCCCUCCAUGACGACACGCAACUUUAAUUUCAGACUUCAUUCUCAAAAUCUGAAGAGUUUUUGUUCCCCUGUAAGUGACCAUAAAUAUUACUCUGGCGUACAUAAGCACUUAAAUCCUGGCUUUGUUUAAAUAUCAUGACAGUCUGCAAUAUAAAAAAAUGAAUGAAAAUUUUGGGCCUAUAAUUUCUUUUGGAGCAAAGCUCAAUAAAUCCAAUUUAUUGUGCAGCUAAGUUAAAGAAAUCAUUUUUAAUAAAAUGUUUUGUGAUUACUAUUUUCUUUGUUGAAAAAAAUGGAUUGUAAUAUUAACAUUUUUGACUGCAAUAUUCUGCCCACUUCUAGAUUUACCUUUCUUCCUGUUUUUUUAUCCUCAGCAUUCUUAAACACAACUCUGCGUGUGCGUGACCAAUUGAAAUCUAUUCAUGUUUUAGUGCCGCAGAAAUAAAGCACAGUGCAGUACAGGGUCAAUUCAAACUCUUUAUAAUAACCUAACAAAUGCUGUUUUGCUAUCUUUAUGUAAGCUGUAGACUAAAUAGGAAUCCUGCAUCGCUUGUCUCACUAUUGUCAUUUUCCAAACUAAAAAAAUUUCCCUAUUGUAAAAAUGUAUUAAAAAUCUUCCCUAUAUCAUAAAUGAUUUAAUAAAUAAAUGUGUUACUGUU